AUGCUGCUGCCCGCUCUCGCACUGUCCUCCGCCUUCCUGGCUCCGCACGCCGCGUCGCGCGCCCUCUCCACGUCCAAGGUCGCCAUGAAUGGCGGCAAGGGCUUCGGCGGUGGCGAGGCGACGCGAGAUCCGGCGCCGACCGUGAUUGACCCGAACGACCCAAAGGGUAAGCAGCAGGCGAUCCACAAGGCGGAGUCCUUCGCCGAGUACCUCGCCAAGCGCUCGGCGGGCGGCGGCGCGGCGCCGUCGGCCGUGGGCAGCGUGGUUCCGGCGCCAAACGCUGGAACCGCGCUGGUCAGUGAUUUCACCUGCACGUGGCUGUCGGCCUCCGAGAAGGCUGCACUCAAGGCGACCGCUGACGCGUUGUCUGCGCCGAACAAGGGGUUCCUCGCCAGCGAUGAGUCGGCAGGUCCGUGGCUGCGAGCGGGCCACGUCGACGCUGCAAAGGUGGAGGACACGGCCGAGAACCGGGCGGCGUAUCGCUCGAUGCUAUACCAGGCGCCAGAUGCCCCCGGCUUGUCGGAGCACAUCUCCGGCGUCAUCCUGCACUGGGAGACGCUGUUUCAGUCGGACGCGGCUGGCAACAAGAUGGUCGACCUGAUCACGCGCAACGGCAUGAUCCCGGGCAUCAAACUCGACAAGGGUUACGACACGGCGGGCAUCCCCGGCACGGCGGUGGGGCCACUCGGGCACCCAGAGACAUGGGACAAGGGCAUCGACGACCUCGACGCGCGGUGCAAGCAGGCGUACGCGCAGGGAGCACGCUUCGCCAAGUGGCGCAACGUGCUGCAGAUCGACCCGGUGCAGGGCCUCCCCUCCGACCUCGCGAUCACCCUCUGCGUCCACAACUUGGCGCAGUACGCAGUAAUCUGCCAGAGGAGCGGCCUCGUGCCCAUCGUCGAGCCGGAGAUCGUGCCCAACGGAGACCACGACAUUUCCGCGUGCGCCGUCGCCACCGAGCGGGUGCUGGUGGCGCAGUUCGAGGCGCUCAAGGCGCACGGAUGCUACCUCGAGGGCGCCGUCCUCAAGCCAAACAUGGUCAAGAAUGGCCUGACGGGCCCAAAGGCGACGCCCGAGGAGAUCGCGGCGGCGACCGUGACGGUGCUCAAGCGGACGGUGCCGGUGGCGAUGCCCGGCAUCUUCUUCCUCUCGGGCGAGACCGCACUCGACGAGGACAACGAGGAGGAGGCAACCAAUAACCUCAACGCAAUCAACCGGCUAUACCCCGACCUGCCCUGGUCCGUUUCCUUCUCGUACGGCAAGGCGAGCCAAAAGACGACCAUCGUCACGUGGAUGGGCGACACGGCGAACGACCCCGCCGCGCAGCAGGCCAUCCUGGCGCGCUCCAAGGCCAACGGCGACGCGUGCCAAGGGAAGUACGUCAAGGGCUCCUGCGCCUCGGUCGGCGUGGAUGGCAACAUCCUGCAGGCGGCAGGAGCCUACUGA